GGGCUCUACACAGUAUGGCCGGCGAUAUUAGCUAGCACUCGCUCACGGUAUUCUCUGUAAAAGGGAAGACGGUAAAACCAAGAAUUUACACCUGGAUUGCUAAAGGACUGUACUUAUAAAUUAUACCAAUCAAGCAAGGACUAAUUAAGUUGAGAACGUUACCAACGUUUAAUUUCUGUUGUUGGUGUCUGUUGUCUCACGAUGGAAGAGAACGGUGCACACUUCUUUGAAGGAACCGAGAAGCUGUUGGAGGUGUGGUUCUCCAGACAAGAUGAGACCAAAGGAACCGGGGACCUCCGCACCAUCCCGAGGUUUGAGUGGGACAAACUUCUGGAGAAUGUGCACUGUUUGAUCAUAAGUGUGACAAAAACUGACAAGCAGGAAGCUUAUAUACUCAGUGAGAGUAGCAUGUUUGUCUCCAAGAGACGUUUCAUUUUGAAGACAUGUGGAACCACCCUCUUACUGCAAGCACUGGUACCUCUGCUGGAACUAGCCAGGGAGUACUGCGGCUUCGACGCCAUCGAGAAUUUCUUCUAUUCUCGCAAGAACUUCAUGAAGCCUACACAUCAGGAGUUCCCUCAUCGAAACUUCCAGGAGGAAGUGGAAUUUCUCAACCAGAUUUUCCCAAAUGGAGCAGCCUACUGUAUGGGACGUUUGAAUUCUGAUUGCUGGUAUCUGUUUACUUUGGAUUUGCCAGAGUUCUGGGAGAACAAGCAUGCGGAUCAGACGCUGGAAGUUCUGAUGAGUGACCUUGAUCCAGCGGUUAUGGACCAGUUCUACAUGAAAGACGGUGUUUCUGCAAAUGAUGUCACUCGUGUAAGGCCCACUACUAACUCUACUAUCUCUUGCUCCUUUCUUCGUGAUGAGAAAGGGGACACUUCUAUGGGCAGCAUGAGUGGAAUUCGUGACCUGAUACCAGGUUCUGUGAUAGAUGCUACCAUGUUCAACCCUUGUGGAUACUCAAUGAAUGGAAUGAAGACUGACGGAACUUAUUGGACGAUCCACAUCACUCCAGAGCCCGAGUUUUCCUACGUCAGCUUUGAAACCAACCUCUCCCAGACGUCCUACGAUGAUUUGGUCCGCAAAGUUGUGGACGUCUUUAAGCCAGGAAAAUUUGUGACUACGCUUUUCGUGAACCAGAGCUCCAAAUGUCGCAGUGUUUUUACUUCCGCCCAGAAACUCGAGGGAUACAAGCGCCUUGAUCGCCAGUUGGCCCAAUUCAACGAUUACAAUUUUGUCUUUACCAGUUACGCCAAGAAUCGCCAGCAGAACCAGCAGAGUUGAGAGUUGAAAAUGAAAAAAAAGCGUAAGAAGAAAGGCGGUCGUGCCGGGCUCCUCCCCCACGGCCGGCGUUCUUCCCCAGCGGAGAGAACCCCUUCCCCCCUCCGCUGCUCUGGAUCUCUCGGUUCUGAAAAGGCCUCCGGCCCUAGUUUAACCUCCCGUUUGAAAUGUAUGCAUUGUUGUACCUAUGACUUAGAUCUCUUGCAUGAAAGCUCUUUUCUCUGUUUAGAUAUCCUAGCUCACUCUUGCUGUGAUCUUGAAGUGCAUGUAGAGGAAUUAAACACGCUCUGUUUGAGGCUGUCCACUCAUGCCCCGCGUGCACAGUACAGCAGCCCCUUUCUGCAGGUCUCUCCUCUCAUCCCCAACAGACAAGGCUUCAGAGCCCACUAGGCCAGGGCCCUGACAUGCUCAGAUCAGUUUGUUUACCGUAGCCUUUCCCUUACAGCGCACUUUAAGAAUUUAUAUUUUCUGCUGUGCCAAGCAAACGUAUUGGUACGAUAAGAAAAGAGGCCAACUUCUGUCUCAAGUCUGAACUAAUUUGUUUUCAAUUAAUGUUAUAAAGCAGAUGAGCUUUUGGCCAUAACAUUAUUUGUCAUGUAAUGUCGACAAACCAUUUAACUGAUUUGUUGUUUUAAAAAAGGAAGAAAGAAAAAAAAAUGCCAUACUUAUGUUGAGUGUUGCACUACCAGACAAUAGGUUUGAGGUUAACUGGUCGAUGUGAUUUGGUUUCUUAUGGCUGUAAACUGCACUGGAGCCUAAGGAAUUCCUUUUUUUUUUUUUUUUUUGUCUUUGGAGCAGUGCUGUAAAUGGGUCAGAACCCACCCAGCUUAACUAUCCAUGCCUCUCCACCUUCAUUUAUCUUUUGAAUGUUCUCACAAAAAGACAGGAUUUGAGUCUCCGCCAACCUUACAUACAUCAUUUAAAGCUUGUGGUUGCUACUGAUUCAUAUGGAAUGUGUAAUGUGCACAUUAUUGUUAGCCCAGGCUGCUCUUACAGCAUGCUGUAUGAACAAGAAGCACUGGGUGUAGGAAUUGCCAGCCAUUUUCACACUGAACUUACACAUUCAUAUGAAUUGGGUUGAAUCCAAACUGAAUGUCUCUGGGUGCCCCUAGUGGCUCACCGGACUAGUUGAGGCCUCACCGCGGUGGCCUGGGUUAGAAUCCUGCUCUGGCCCUUUACCGCAUUUCAUCCCCUCUCCCUGAACUUCCUGUUCUCCAAGCACACCAUCUUUCAGAAAUUAAUAAUAAAGGCAGAGUUCCAACCAAAAAUAUCUUACAAAAAAUAACUCUGUCCCUCCCAACACAGAAUGUAGAGGUCUCUAGAGAGCUCUCUCUCCAGGGCUUUAUCUGAAUGUAUGAGCAUGGAGGAGACCAUGUCCGCAUGUUUCUGUGGUGUGGGUCAGGACAAUGCUCUCUGCCGUCCAGCAUGGCGGCCAUUGUCCCCGGGCCCAGCCGGUCUCCCUGCACAAAGUGAGACUGUCAGCUGGCCCCAGAACCAUGCUUGACAGACCGGCUCUCCUGGCUGCACCAUGUGGGCCCUGAAUGGGAAAUAAUGAAUCAGACACUUUGCUUAGUGUUGCCCAGCAAAGCAUUUUUCUUUUUCGAAACAAUAUACAUCCUCUCUCUCUUUCCCCCCCUAUACAGAAAUUGGUAUUCACACAAUGGAGGCCCUCUGAUCUGAGCAUGCCAGGGUGAUCCCGGAUCAUUCCACACAUAACUGUUGCAUAAACUGCCAUUUUAUUAAUUUUAUUGUGCACAGACGUUUUGCAGUGAAUUGGUCCAAAAUGUGACUCCAUUGCAGUUUUUUGGAGUACCAUCAAUGCCCUUUGUUCAGCUAGGGAAAGACCCUGUGACACUGUUGCAUGUGACUACUAGUGCUAUGUUGCUUGACAGUGUUGUGUGCUGCAAUCUGUUCCUCCUGUGUAAGGGUUAGGGUUAGGGUUAGUAGGUCAAUGUGCUUCACCAUCCUUUUUGUUUUAUCAGCUCAAAUGUAGAUGGAAUUAAGGCAUCCUGAUUAUGUUUUAUUGAACAGUUGGGGACUCGUUUGGGAUGGGAUUCACUUGUGUUGACUUCUCCUUGUAGUGCUGAAGGCAGGUCCUAUUCUACUGCUCUGACAGUGUUACAUUCGGUCUCAUCAAAAACACUUUUGAUAUAGAUAUAUUGAAUAUUUGUUUUCUCCUUUGGCUGUUGCUAAGUAACUUUCAUGAUGCUUCCCCUGCCAGAGAAUGCAGAUUGAUUUUUCAUUUGCAGACAGAGCUGGAGUUGAAAUGAAACAUUGUUAAAAAUGUUACUGUAGAAAAAAUUAAUACUAAAACGAUUAUGCGCUGCCUUCAGCACCACUGAGGUUGUCUGUUAAAAAGAGCACCUGUAACAUUGAGAAAUGCUGAUCACAUUAGGGCAGAAUAAUUAUGAUUGGGCUGUAAAAAAAAAAAAAAAAAAAAAUCUGACUAGUGGACUACGGAACUUGUAUGUACCCUAAACACAUUUCCUCUUAGGAUUCUAGGCAGACUUGACAAUUGGAAUUGAUUCCCUCCAGUAUGUCUGAUGUGGCUUUUGGAGUGGUUUUAGUAUUUUUUUUUCCCGAGGACCAACUUUUGUUCAGUGUCCUUACCUGAAAGGCAGUAAAUCAUUUAUGUGGUCAGUUGUCAGUGUGCCAGGGGCUUUUAGUGACAGAUUUGAAGAUUUUCACCAGCACUGUUCACAAGUUAACUUUGGGUACUUGGGACAAAGUCAUAUUUAGAAUUUAUGACCUGGGUAGUGUGUAGUCAUGUUGUUGGUUUGGAACAUUGCUUUUUAUAUAUAUUAUACACUUAAAUGCAUUUUUUGCAGUUUAAUGGCAAUUCAAUUUUUACAAAACAUUUUUGUAAGGAAUGCAUUUGUGCUGCGGACCAAUCCUAAUUUUUGUUUAUUGUCCAUAUUUGUUGUUAAACCAGUGUUCCAAACGUUUUUUUGUUUCUGAAAUUGAGGGUGACCUUUUUGAGAGCUAAUUGGAUCGUGGUGUUUUUGUCUUUCCCCGCUCUAAAAACCUUUUUGGAAGGUUUCAUCGAAUGGGGAAGUCAAAAACCUCCCCAUAAUGUGAGCGCGGAUAACAUUGCAGGAUGUAUCAGGAUGUACUGAAGAAAAACUUUGCUGUUCUAAUUCUUUUGCUAUUCUUCUUCUUUUGAUGGUCAAGAUGUGCUAAAUAUAUCUGUACUAUGAGCUAGAUGCUUAAAUAAAUAAAAAAAAGAUUGCUCUUU